CCCCCUUUCUGGCUCCAGAGGCCGGCAUCCAGACGCAGCGGUCAGGCCGGACAAACCCUGAGCAGGGCACAGCCUGGCGGCCGCCUGCCAGAGCCACCACCCGGAACCCCGGUGAGAGGCGGCCUGGCCCCUUCCAGUCUUCCCAGGCCUCUGGCCCCGCAGCCAUGGAGCAUGAAGACCCGGCUGAGGCGUUCCUGGGGCUGCGCGCCAGGCGGCUGCGGGCGGUGGAGCUGCUGCAGCUGGCAGCAGGCUCGGGGCUGGCGGCCUAUGCCGUGUGGGCGCUGCUGCUGCAGCCCGGCUUCCGCGGGGUGCCGCUGCGGCUGCAGGUGCCCUACGUGGGUGCGAGUGCGCGGCAGGUGGAGCACGUGUUGUUGCUGCUGCGAGGCCGCCCCGGGAAGACGGUGGACCUGGGCUCCGGGGACGGCAGGAUUGUGCUGGCGGCACACCGGUGCGGGCUCCGGCCGGCCGUGGGCUAUGAACUGAACCCAUGGCUGGUGGGGCUCGCACGCCUGCACGCGUGGAGGGCCGGCUGCGCAGGCCGCGUCCACUACUACCGCCAGGAUCUCUGGAAGGUGAGCCUGAAGGACUGCUACAACGUGUCUGUGUUCCUGGCCCCCAGUGUGCUGCCCCUGCUGGAGGACAAGCUUCGGGCAGAGCUGCCCCCUGGGGCUCGCGUGGUAGCGGGGCGCUUCCCGCUCCCUACUUGGCAGCCUGUGGCCGUGGCGGGAGAGGGCCAGGACUGCGUCUGGGCCUACGACAUCCCUGGCGCUGGGUUUGCUGUGUCCUCCUUGGGAGUGCCCAGCGAGGCCACCCCAGGGUUGGGCUCUCCCCCAGUCCCCAGGACCCCCACCAUACAGGCUGGCUGGACACAAUAAAGACUCUGCAGCUCCCA